UGAGACUUCACUUCCCAGGGGCACACCGUGCCCUGAGGGAGGCUCUGGUGAGAGGGGCAAGGAGAUGCCAGGGCUUUAGACCCCUUUCCCUAAGGACUCCCUAAGCGCCUUUGCUUCCUACCUCUUAGGGGAUACAGUUCCCUCUGCAGAGGAGGGGGGGGGAAAGCUCAGCAGGAGAGAUGGGGGGAGGGAGGAGGAGCUCAGGGAAAUGCCUGCAGAAGGGAGCCAGCAAGCUGGGGAGUCUAAGGAAGCACUAGAAGGGGAUGAAGUGAUCAGCUCCAGAGAUGUGGAAGAUAACGUUUCCUCUAGAGGGUCAGAGUCCAGAGAGGCUUGGGAGAAAGGGAAAGAAAAGAAAGCCAGGGAAAUCCAGGAAUCAGAGACCGAGGGAAUCUGGCAAAUAGGAAAAGAGGUUGGGGGACGCCUGAAUGAAGAGAUGACCAGGGUCUGUAGAACGUGGGACAAUAACGACAGGAAUUCCAAAGAGGCUAAAGGAGAGAUCAGAGGGAACUACAAGAUAGAGGUCCAAGGAGUUCAGUGUAUGAUGGGGACAGAGUCCAAGCAAGGUCAGAAGACAGAUGCAUUAGAGGCUAGAGAAUGCCAAAAGGACGGGAUCUUAGUUGAAGGAUACUUGGAGACAGAAGAAUUCGCCUCAGAAGAAAAGGGUGGCAGAGAGCCAAAAGCACAAGGCCAUAAAAAUCAAGAGUCCAAUGAGAAGGAAAUCAAUGUAGGGAAGGCUGAGAACUACUGGAAAAGGAAUGAAAUUGAGCCUGUGGGAGAACAGAAGGUAGAAGUUGAGGAGAGAGAUCUCCAUGGAAUAAUAGCCUUGGGGGUGGAGUCUGAGAAUGGGAUAAUCUGGAAGAAGGAAAAAGAGGACAGGCAAGCCCAGGAGACAGAAGGAAAUGUCAGAGACUGGCAAGAGGCGAGAGGGGAGAAAACCUGGAGGGUGAAAAAAGGAGAUCCAGGGAAUGGUCUGAACACAGAAAUGGGAACCAGGAAAAAACCUGAAACCAAAAAGGUACCUGAUGUAGCUGUGGGGAGAGGAUUGGAGGAAGAUGGGGAAAUAGAAACUCCUGAAAAUCAGCAGGUAGAGAAGCAUGAGGUGAAGGGAGCUUGGGAGGCGGAGAAGAUUGGGAUCAGAUCUGAAAAGAAGAAAAUGGAAAAGGAGGUGGCUUGGGAAGUCCGGGGUAUAAAGCCAGUGGAUAUAGAUCUAGAAAAGCUACAAGGAGUCCAGGAGCUAGGAGAAGAGACUGAGAGAGAAGACAAGGUAAAAUCAGAGCUAUGGAGAACUUCAGUCAUGGAGAAAGCUGAAGCCAGGGAAGCUGUAAAGUCAAAAACAGCAGAAAUAAAUCCCAAAAAAGAAGCUGAGGAAGUUUGGAAGGCAGAGAAUCUGGAGAUCAGAAGAGAAUGGAACAUGGAGGUGAUUCAAAGGGACUGGGGUGCAGAAGAGGCAGCUGGGAAAGAUUUGGAGAGGACAAAAGAUGAGGAGAGAGAGCCUAAGGAAAACCCAUUCCCAGAACAAGUCUGGAGCCAAAGAACAGAGAGAGAAGAAGAAAUGGCAAACAUCUGGGUCCUGGGGAAAAAGGAGAUUGUGAAAGUUCUAGAAUCAGAGAUGGAAGUUGAAGGAAGUUGGAGCUUAGAGGGAGAAGCUGGGGAAAGUGGUGAGAGUCAGUCAGGACAAAAUGGAGCCCAGGACAUUCAGGAAACCAAGGUCUGGGAGAAAACACCUGAUAAUGUUAAUAGGAACAAAGAGAUAGAGUUGGGAGAGGCUAAGGAAGUCAUGGGAGGCUGGGAGCUGGAACCUACCAGGCCCCAAGAGGCUGAGGAGACAGAAAGAAUAGAUGACUCAGAUGAGACCUCAGUAACAAGGCUAGACAAGGAGGUAGAGGGAGCCGAGUUAAUGAGAGAGGCAGAGGUUGGAAAAAGCCAAGAGUUGGAGACAAAAGACAAGGUAAGCUAUGGGACAGAAGAGGUCAGGGAAGACCAGAACCCUAAGGAGGUUGGGGAAAAUUGGAACAUGGAAACAGAAAUUGGAAGAGCCCAAGAAACAGAAAAAGAGCCCAGGAAAGCCCAGGACCUAAUGGAGGAAGAAGCCAAAGGGAGAGAGGAGGAACCAUUCAGAAUUCCAGAAAGAGAGACCUUGGAGAUCUAUGAGAUAGAAGCCUAUAGUGCCCUAAAUAUUAAGAACACAGAGAAUGGAGAUGUCCAAAAGGUGAAAAAACAGGAUUUGGUUGUAGCAGAAGGUUGGAAGAUAAUGGAAAGGGAGAUUGAGGGUGAGGCAAUGACAGAAAUAGAAGACAAGGGAGGCUGUGAGGGUGAGGAAGACAUUUUCACACCCCAGUAUAGAGAAGAUGAGGAAGACUGGGAGGCUAAGGAAAGCCAAGAGUUCAAACAGCAAGAAGUCCCACAGGCAGAAAUUAAAACAGUCUGGAGGACCAAGGAGGCUGGCACAACAGAACCAGAGAUGGAGGAGAAAGAGGUCAGGGGAGUUUGGGAGAAGGAGCUUGAGGAAGACCAAGAGGCACAGGUUGACAGAGGCCAUAAAAUGGAAGAGUCUGAAGCCAGAAAAUUGCAGGAAAGGGAAGUGAUAGGAGCUAAAAUAUACUGGGAGGCAGAAGGAGAGGUCAUAAGAAGCCAGAUGAAAGAGGUCGAGGGAAGUCAGGAGAGGGAGGAUACAAGCAUCAGAACAUUGGAUAGAGAGGCUGAAGAAGUCUUAGAAGGAAAUGCUGAAAUAGUAAAUCAGAAGGUAGGGCUGAAAUUAAAGGAGGAUGAGUCUGGAAGAAGCCAGAAAACAGAGCAGGUGAAAAGUGACAGAAAGGAAAUCAGAAGAGAUUGGGACUCAGAAGAGGCAAUUAGCCAGGAAAGAACAGAGACUAGAGAAAGUCCAGGUUCAAAUUUAUUAGAGGCUAGAGUCAGGGAAGCACUGGAGAAAGAAAAUAAAGGCUUCUGGGAGGCUGAAGGAACUGAAGAAUGCCAAGCAACAGAGGGAAUGACUGGGAGAGACCAAGUUGUAGAAGAAUCAGAGGCUGGGAGAAGCUGGGAGAGGGAGGAAAAAGAAUCAGAGGGAGACCAGGAAACAGGCUCAGCAGAUGCCAAAGAAUCCUGGAUAGUUGAGAAAGAGGAGGCAGGGAACAACUGUGAAAAAGAGAAAUCUGUCUUCUCUCAGGGAUCUGAGAUACAAAUGGCAAUAACCAACAAGGAAGUGGAGCCUGUGAGGGAGGAGGAGAUGAAGGAGGGGCGAAUCAAGUCAGAGAAAAAGCAUGAAGAGGGCAGAGAAAACAGGGAAACAGAGAAAGGGGUGGAUGGAGACCAGGGUGUGGACUCUGAGAGUACCUGGCCCCUGGAGGAAGAGACUCAGUAUGAGGAAGCCGAUGAGGCAGAGGCCAAAACUGGGGAGAGCCAUGCUGUAGAGGGGGAAUGUUCCAUGGACAACCGAUAUAUGGAGAAAAUAGAGGCUAAUGGAGGCAGGAGGCUGGAGGUAGAGAAGAUGGAAGGCAGAAACAACAUAGAAGAGUCAGGCAGCCAAGGAGGUGGAAACAGGGAGAAGUUGGAGCCUGCAGGAUGCUGUGACAUGGAGAAAGAAGUGGGCUGGGGAGAUGGAGGCAAGGACUCAGAAGCUGUUGGAGUCUGGGAACCCAAUGAGAAGACUGGAAGAGCCUGGGACUUAGAGAAAGCUGAACCUGGUCAAGGCAGGGGACCAGAAGAAGCUGCACAUAUAGACUCUGGAACCCUAGAGGCUUCAGGAAACAGAGAAGCAGAAGCUACAGCACCCCUCGACUCGGUAGCAAUAAGACUGUCUCCUGCCCCCAGUCCUGCUGAGGAAGCCCAGAUCAGCUGGAAUGAGGCCCCCAUCCCUGGUCCAUGCCUGGACCUCUCCAUUCCCAAAAGUCGAGUUCUCCUCUCCAGGAAUGCCUCCCAACGCCGAUCACGACCCUCUUUUCGAAGGUCGCCAGCACCAAAGAAGAGUUACAGUGAUGAUUAUAAUGAGGAGGAGGCAUCUCUGAGCUUGCCUCACAAUGAAGGGUCACCAGCCUCAAAACGGAGACUACUCCAAUCCCAGGAAACUACAGUGCCAAGUCCCCCUAAGCCAGAGGGGACACCCACCACAGCAAGGAAACGGCCCCCAGGCCAUGGGUUUGGCCUCGCUCAUCCUAGCAUGAUGCAGGAGUUACAGGCUCGUCUGGGACGGUCCAAGCCCCAGUGACCUGAAGACCCAUGAACCUAAUUGCCCUCCUCUCUUCCACCAUUCCCCACCCUUACCUUGCUCUCUGGCCACAACCCCACCUUCAAUGCUGGGAUGAUCUCCAUACCUCAUGGUGACUUCUAAUUAUGUGUCCUGAUCCCUAGAAGGGAAACCCCAGCCCUUGGUAGCUUUUCCUAUCUCACCCAGAUGGUGUGGAAUUAGAAAAGAGAAGCUUGCAUGACUUGCAUUCAUUUGACUCAUAGACUUGAAGCCUUUACCACCACUUUACCUCCACACAUCUUUGAAUACAAACACCUAGACCCUUAGAAAGUUAUUGUAGGAUCUACCCACAGAUCAGAUGCAAGUCUGAAAGAAAGGUGGUUUUGACUUUCAUUUGUGGUAUCUGCUUAUCAUCCCUGUUACCUGAGGAAGCCCCACUUCCCCCUCAGGACAUAGGGUCUAGAAGCGGGUUAUUACCUUCAUACUGUCCAGACAAGAAAUGGGGGAGGGAGGGAAUGGGCUAGAAGCUCAGGGAUCCUAGAUCCAAUGUCAGCCUGGGCUACCUACAGCUGAGUUGUUUGAGGUAGUUUCAGGAAGGACUAGAGAAGAGGACCAGACAGGGACACUGAACACACCCCCAUCCCCAAGGCAACCCUGGCCCUGAGAAGCACUAGGCCACUUGUUAAAAUCCUAGCAAGGCCAGUUGCCACAGCAGCUACUACAGCUGAGUAUGUUCAGGCUGACCCCUCCAAUACAGUUCUGCCCCAAAGAGGAGGGAGAGCUCCAAGUAACAGCAAUGAGGGGGCAGCAGAGGAUCAUGGGUACUUUGCCUUUGAAAGCUCUCCUUUCGCUUUUCUUCCCUCCAUU